AUGAACCAGAUCGCGACUUUCAUUGUCUACGCAGCGGUGGCUGUCACCUCGGCCGUGGCGCAACUUGACCUCCCAAGCAUCCCUCCUGGCGGUACCGUCCAGAUCUUCACGCAGAACCUGGACUCAAACCUCUGCGUCGGCGCCGUGGCCGACAGCGCGCAGUCCGAGAUCCUGCUCGAGCCUUGCACUCGCAACCUCACGAUGUUCGUUCUACCCAGUGGCGCGGACAACACGCAGAUCGUGCUCGGUGGUGUCCCGACAGGGCAGCCUGAGUUAUGCAUCACGGCUUCUCAGAGCCAGGCCGGGAACACGCCCGUGAUUCUACAGGCGUGCGGGGGUGAUCCGUUCCAAAUCUGGCAGUUCCCUGCAGGUGAGGGUAGGGGCGAGGUUGUGUCGACUGCCAGCGGUAGUGAGGAAUGUCUUACGGCUGUGGGUUCGAACCAGGGUGAUCCGAUCGAGUAUCGCCCUUGCACCAAUGCGACGAACCAACAGUGGUUCACAGUCGUCUCAUUCUGA